CAAUUUUGUCUCUUCAAAAUAUGGGGUGCAGUUCCGCCUUUCACCACUAGAGGUUGACAUUAAGUUUGUCAACAGUUUGUUUGGACUUUUUUUGGUGACAAAGAAGAAGUUUAAGAUUUUUGGGGGGGUUGAGGUACUGGCCCUUUUUGUUCCGCUGGAGAACCCUGCUUGAACGUUGAGUUGGAGAACACACUAAGUAAGAAAUCCCAGCUGCGUGGACCAUCGGCAAAUCCACCGUCCACGGCGGAAUCACGCCGGAGUAAUAGCGAUCAGAAUCAAGGCGUUCCAGCGCUGCCGUAGCAGAUUCAGGGUCAACGGGCAAAGCAGCAACUGCCUGCUACUGUCGCGUUAGCCUCAACCCCUCUCUGCGGGUCUGGGGGGGGGGGGGGUCGGCUGGGGAGGUAGGGGGCGGGAGUACACCGAGAAAGGGGACGACUCAACACCGACAGGAGGGGGCUGGAAGUCUGAAACACUUCCAACCUGAAGGGGCCGGCGGUUUGGCCACAGCACCCAGGAUUAGCUAGCUUGCACCGUUGCGGCUAAGUGAAUGGGAUCAUGGAGCCGGGACCGUCUGGCGCUGUGCCCUUGGGGGUCUUCCCCCCUCCCCUCCAGCAGGUGUUUCAUGCCCCCCGCCGGCCAGGUAUGGGCACCGUGGGGAAGCCCAUCAAGUUGCUCGCCAACUACUUUGAAGUGGAGAUCCCAAAGAUGGACGUCUAUCACUACGAGGUGGACAUUAAGCCUGACAAGUGCCCACGGCGAGUCAACAGAGAGGUGGUGGAGUACAUGGUGCAACACUUUAAGCCCCAGCUCUUUGGUGACCGAAAACCCGUCUAUGAUGGCAAGAAGAACAUUUACACGGUGCUAGCGCUUCCCAUUGGGAGUGAGAAGGUGGAUUUUGAAGUAACAAUUCCUGGUGAGGGUAAAGAUCGAAUCUUUAAGGUGUCCAUUCGUUGGCUGGCCAAGGUGUCAUGGCGCCUGCUGCAGGAGACUCUAGUCAGCGGGCGGCUGCAGGUUCCCCUCGACUCGGUUCAAGCCUUGGAUGUGGCCAUGCGUCACUUGGCCUCUAUGAGGUACACUCCAGUGGGGCGCUCAUUCUUCUCCCCACCUGAAGGAUACUACCACCCACUUGGCGGGGGGAGGGAAGUCUGGUUUGGCUUUCACCAGUCUGUGCGUCCUGCCAUGUGGAAGAUGAUGCUGAACAUUGAUGUGUCUGCCACGGCCUUCUACAAAGCCCAGCCUGUAAUUGAGUUCAUGUGUGAGGUUUUGGACAUACGCAACAUUGACGAGCAGCCCAAAACGCUCACAGACUCACAGAGAGUUCGCUUCACAAAGGAGAUCAAAGGUUUGAAGGUUGAGGUGACGCACUGUGGGCAAAUGAAAAGGAAGUAUCGUGUAUGCAAUGUCACAAGGCGUCCUGCCAGCCAUCAAACAUUUCCUCUCCAGCUUGAAAGCGGGCAGACAGUAGAAUGUACAGUGGCCCAGUACUUCAAGCAAAAGUACAACUUGCAGCUUAAAUACCCCCACCUGCCCUGUUUACAGGUUGGCCAGGAGCAAAAGCACACCUACUUGCCACUAGAGGUGUGCAACAUUGUAGCAGGUCAGCGGUGCAUCAAGAAACUGACAGAUAACCAGACCUCCACUAUGAUAAAAGCCACAGCCCGCUCUGCACCAGAUAGGCAGGAGGAGAUCAGCCGGCUGAUGAAGAAUGCAAACUUCAACUUGGACCCAUACAUCCAGGAGUUUGGGAUCAAGGUGAAGGAUGACAUGGCUGAGGUGACGGGCAGAGUUCUGCCGGCUCCUAUUCUGCAGUAUGGAGGACGGAACCGUGCCAUAGCGACUCCUAACCAGGGAGUUUGGGACAUGAGGGGAAAACAGUUCUAUAACGGCAUAGAGAUAAAAGUCUGGGCAAUCGCCUGCUUUGCCCCCCAGAAACAGUGCAGGGAAGAAGUGCUCAAAAACUUCACGGACCAGCUGCGUAAAAUCUCAAAGGAUGCUGGAAUGCCAAUUCAGGGCCAGCCUUGUUUCUGUAAAUACGCCCAGGGUGCAGACAGCGUGGAACCAAUGUUCAGACACCUGAAGAACACAUACUCUGGACUACAGCUCAUCAUUGUCAUUCUUCCAGGAAAAACUCCAGUCUACGCUGAAGUAAAGCGUGUGGGAGACACUCUUCUUGGCAUGGCCACCCAGUGUGUUCAGGUGAAGAACGUGGUGAAGACGUCACCUCAGACCCUCUCCAACCUCUGCCUCAAGAUCAAUGUGAAGCUGGGAGGCAUAAACAACAUUCUGGUGCCUCAUCAGCGUUCAGCAGUGUUUCAGCAGCCUGUUAUCUUCCUGGGAGCAGAUGUCACCCACCCCCCAGCUGGAGAUGGCAAGAAGCCCUCAAUUACUGCAGUGGUGGGCAGUAUGGAUGCCCACCCCAGCCGGUACUGUGCCACAGUGCGGGUCCAGAGACCCAGGCAGGAAAUCAUCGAAGAUUUAUCUUACAUGGUGCGCGAACUGUUAAUUCAGUUCUACAAGUCGACCCGAUUCAAGCCCACCAGGAUCAUUUUCUACAGGGAUGGUGUUCCUGAAGGUCAACUGCCACAAAUUCUCCACUAUGAGCUUCUGGCCAUCAGAGAUGCAUGCAUAAAGUUGGAGAAAGACUACCAGCCUGGUAUCACGUACAUCGUGGUACAAAAACGCCACCACACACGCCUCUUCUGUGCCGACAAAUCUGAGAGGAUUGGUAAGAGUGGCAAUAUUCCUGCAGGGACUACAGUGGACACCAGCAUCACUCAUCCCUUUGAGUUUGACUUCUAUUUAUGUAGCCAUGCAGGCAUCCAGGGCACCAGCCGGCCGUCUCAUUACUACGUCUUAUGGGACGACAAUCGUUUCACCGCUGAUGAGCUGCAGAUUCUAACCUACCAGUUGUGCCACACCUAUGUGCGCUGUACCCGCUCGGUCUCCAUCCCGGCACCAGCCUACUACGCUCGUCUUGUGGCCUUCCGUGCCCGCUACCAUCUGGUAGACAAAGAACACGACAGCGGGGAGGGCAGUCACGUGUCGGGUCAGAGUAAUGGCCGGGACCCCCAGGCACUGGCCAAAGCUGUUCAAAUUCACCACGACACUCUGAGGACCAUGUACUUCGCCUGACCUCCACCAGCCAUCGUUCUCUCCCACCUCAUUUCUACCUGAGUAGGCCGACCGCCCACUCUCACCUCAUCCCCAUCCCUUACUCCCAACAACUGCCCACUACACACACACACACACACACACACACACACACACACAUUCCACAGACCUGUCAAUCAGUUGUUCAUUUCAAGAAACAAAGUUAUUUUCUGUGAACAGAAGCAGACUCUGACACCUAAUGCACUCAAACAUAUUGAACAUUGUCUCUUUAGUUUUUUUUUUGUUUUGUUUUUUUACUUCACCAGCACAAUUGGUCUUUUUUAUGUUGAAUUGUUUAAACCGUUGGGUAUUGUUAUGUAAUUGUACAAUAUGCUACCUUCACUCUCCGAUGUAUGUAAGUAUGCAAUACAGAUGGGAGGAAAUAGAAGCGAUGGAAAGGAGAAAACAAAAAGUCCAAAAACAUUUGAACUGCCACCACUAUGCUGCCUCGUUACCCAUCCGAAAGCUGGAUGCCAGUGUUCUAGAUCCUGUGGUAUGGGGAUCUUCAAGAGGGAUGCACAUGGGCACGCACACUUACAUGUAUCAUUUUUAGCAUCUUCAUGAACUACAUUUGUGUUUUUAUUCGUUUUUUUUUUUAAAUGUUUUUUUUUUAAACAGCCUUGAGGCAUUUGAGGUAUGGUACAUUAGCACUUAGUGUUAGCAUGUAGGUGCUAGGAGUACUACACAUAAAGAUUUUCUUAGUAGAUGUGAGGCGAACCCUCUAGUCUUUAUUUUCGCAGAGGCGGAGGGGACAGGUGUAGCAAACUGUAGUUUAAAGGAGAAGGUGCUGUUUCACUCUCUGUCCUGAUUGGCCAGUCCCUAGACAUUUUGCUUAUAGAGCUAACCUUAGCGUAACAGUAGAGAAGGACCAUUUGCAUAGAGUGUAUCAAAUGUACUUGCACCCCAUGCACCUAUACCAGCAUUUUUAACCAGCCAAAACUGAUGCCAACCAAUAGAAAAAAAAGGGGCACUUAAACAGGAAGAUAAUCUUACUUCUGUAGACAUUGCUCUUUUUAAAAAUGUAUGAGGCACUUUUUUAUUUACUUUUUUCUUGAUUUAUUUUACUUUAAAAUAAUGAACCUCUUCCACAAGACUGUACACCUACGUUUUUAUAGUUUACGGCUAGAGUUUCCAAUGCUUUCAGAACAAAGGUAGUAAUAAGCGAGGUCAACAUCUUAUUUUUAAUUUAGAAAAAGGGGGGAUAGAAAAAGUUAUUCAGUGCUGAAAAGUUUAACUUUGAUUCAGACACUGACCUUGCUCAAGUCAUUCUGCACAUUUCUACUUAUCAGUGAAGAUGACGUCAGAGCAUGUUCGCUUCAUCCACCCACAAAAGUCUUUGUGUAUCUAUACAGCAAUCUUCCAGCUGCUCUGUUUCUACACAAAGCUCUGUCCUCUGCAGGCUUUUACAAUUUAGCCUGAAAAAACAAGCACACACACAAAAAUCCCAUAUUUAAUGACCAUUGUGGUCAAAUGCACUUCCUGUUGGUCUUUUUUUUAUUUUUCUCCAUGCAAGCCAAAAUAUCAUUCAUCAGCCUUUGUACCAUUAAUAUGUAGCCUUGCUGACAGUUUUCACUUUUGGCACUUCAUACCUGCAGCAUCCCCCUGUUCCAAUCCCCUAGCCUGUAAGCCAAUCCCUAUUGGUGCUCUGUGUGCAUGGGCUGCACAGACUGGGGAUUGCUCUGAUGGACAGAGUGGGCCUUCAUUUACAGCUACUUAAUAAUAUACUCUGCCUUUACAUCUGGAUUUAUGGAUUAAAAAAAUGCAUGUAAUUAUUGUUUUUUAAUUUUUAUUUUAUUUUGAUGACUGAAUAUUCUGAGCCACCUUACUUUUGUUUUCUUAGAGGUAGGAGUCUUGUGCUCAAUUGUUUUUGCCUCCGUUGUUUUUGCCUCAAUUGUGUAAUGGUUAUAAAGACUGCUAUUUCUUUUGUCAUGAUUAUGAAUAUUGUAACUAUUGUGGGAGUGUAUCCUUAGGGGGGCGCUGUUGAGACUGUCUCAAAAUUCCACCUCAGUUGCCCUUUAAACGCCUCAAAUCUUGUCUGAUCUGAGCCCUUAAACAUAAGAUGAGAUAUCAGAGGAGUUUGAUUUUUAAAUCAUGUUUAUGAACUUGCAUAAUCAGAAUGCCUUUGUACACGGGUUUACUGAUCCUUCAUAGUGUCCAAGGUGAUUUGUAUAUAUAAAUAUAUAUAUGAUAUUUACCUGUUAUGUAUUUUGGCCCAACAAAUGCUGGGCCUUUCACAGCUGGGGCCAAGUGUUUUACUUCUGUGCUAAACAAACAAACAAACAAAACUGUCGGGGGGCAAUUUCCCUGCACCAUGGAAACCAGAUGCAGUUCUUCACUCACCGAAGCCACAAAAGCACCUUGCAAAGGGGGACACAAAAUGGUGGUCACCCUGGAAAUGUAUUGUGGACACAGAGAGCCCGCUCUUCUCCACGCAGCCUCACGGUUUGACAAAGCAAUAUUUAAACCACUGACCAAGAACCGUUCUUGUCAUAGCACUUCCCAAUGGAUUUGAAUGAAAUGACAUGGAAACAUUUUAUUUUGGCUCUGUGUGUGACGGUAUGAGAACUGUUGGUAGGGUUAUUUUUUAAGAAAAUAAAAUUGUUUUUUUUAAAUGAC